AGGCUUGAGACUUUACAGCCUGGUGCCACUUCCUGUCAUUUUCUCUGGGUCCUUGCUGCUGAUGCACUGUGACCGGCUGACUUCCUGCUCCUGACACCAGGUCUCCUGUGCCCCGGUGGAAAUAUAUCUUCAAACUAAAAUGGCCACUCACGGGGAGGCCUCCGAGGAGCGGAUUUCCGAGAUUGAUUAUGAGUUUCUCCCUGAGCUCUCUGCUCUUCUCGGUGUGGAUGCAGUCCAGUUCGCAAAGAGUCUAGAAGAAGAAGACCAUCAGGAACGAGUGAAAAUGAAGAAAGGUUUUAACUCGCACAUGCGCAGUGAGGCCAAGCGAUUAAAGACUUUCGUGACCUAUGACACGUUCAGAUCAUGGACGCCACAGGAGAUGGCAGCCGCUGGGUUUUACUUUACCGGGGUGAAACUUGGGGUUCAGUGCUUCUGCUGCAGCUUAAUCCUCUUUGGUACCAGCCUAAGGAAAACUCCCGUAGAAAACCACAGGAGAUUGCGCCCAGGAUGCGAGUUCCUUUUGGGCAAAGACGUUGGUAACAUCGGCAAGUAUGACAUCAGGGUGAAGAGUCCCGAGAAGCUGAGAGGUGGCAAAGCAAGGUACCAAGAAGAGGAGGCCAGACUGGAGUCCUUUGAGAACUGGCCGUUUUAUGCCCAUGGGACAUCGCCCCGUGUGCUCUCAGCAGCUGGCUUUGUCUUUACAGGUAAAAGGGACACUGUGCAGUGUUUCUCCUGUGGUGGAUGCUUGGGAAACUGGGAAGAAGGAGACGAUCCUUGGAAGGAGCAUGCCAAGUGGUUCCCCAAUUCUGAAUAUCCUUCAUCUUUUCCAGUUAAAUUGAUCCAGAACUCUCCAAAUCUUCAAGUUUUCUACCUGAAAUGUGAUUUCUUUUUGAACUGUGAGUCUCUCAUGACUGUGCUUGCUUCCUGCAAGAAACUCAGAGAGAUUGAGUUUUCUGGACGAUGCUUUGAAGCCAUGCCAUUUGUCACCAUUUUGCCAAAUUUUGUGGCUUUGAAGAUAUUGAAACUUGGAAGCCAACAGUUUCCAGAUAAGGAAACAUCAGAAAAGUUUGCACAGGCUCUGGGUUCUCUCAGGAACCUGGAGGAACUGCUCCUUCCCAGUGGGGACGGGAUUCACCACGUGGCCAAACUGAUUGUCCGGCAAUGUCUGCAGCUUCGGUGUCUCCGAGUUCUUGCCUUUCACUACACCUUGGAUGACGACAGUGUGAUGGAAAUCGCCAAGGGAGCAACCAGUGGAGGUUUCCAGAAGCUUGAAACCUUAGAUCUUUCAAUGAAUCACAAGAUUACAGAGGAAGGGUACAGACAUUUCUUUCAAGCCCUGGACAACCUGCCAAACUUGCAAAUGCUCAACAUUUCCAGGCAUCUCCCAGAAUCCAUCCAAGUUCAGGCCACCACUGUCAAGGCUCUGGGUCAGUGUGUGUCCCGACUGCCCAGCCUCACCAUUCUUCAGAUGUUCAGUUGGCUCCUGGAUGAAGAGGACAUGAAAGUGAUUAAUGCUGUGAAGGAGAGACACCCUCAGUCCAGACGCUUGACUGUCUUCUGGAAAUGGAUAGUGCCCUUCUCUCCUGUCAUUCAGAAGUGAAGGAUGCAGCCGAGGGCUACUGGCAGUUCUAAAUACCUAACUGUACUUAGUUGUUUUUGCUCUUUGGGGGUGGGGACCAACACCCAGCUCCCAAAUAAGUCACACACAGAGGUUUAUUCUUA